CAGGGAUAAUCGAGACUCAAGCAUGGCCGUUUCCCUGCAAGUAGAGGAUAUUGAACGGGCGGUUUUGGCGGGUGUGCGGGCUGCACUUCAAGGGGUAGUUCAACCGGUACCGUCCCCAUCAUUAACGGUCACCGCACCACACAGUAACCCACAGGCACUUCCAGCGGCGCCCACCAGCACGUCCAGCUUUGCCACCACGGUCGCAUCAGUGAGAUCAGAGGGGAGUGCCAUAAUUUCUAAGGAGGACAUCGAAGGUUUGUUGCUGCUGGGAACAACACUUUCCGAAGUUGCUUCAGUCCUGCGGAUCUCCAGACCAACAUUAUACAAGCUGAUGCGGGAAUACAACAUAAGACGAACAAAGUUUUCAAACAUUUCUGAUGAAGAACUGGAUGUAACAAUAAGUGAGAUCAAGGCAGAACAUCCUCAUGUAGGAGAAGUUAUGCUUAAUGGACAUUUGCGUGCAAGAAACAUUCUAGUGCAGAGACGUCGUCUCAGAGACUCUGUAAGAAGGGUUGACAGAGCUGGCGUUGAGUCCAGAAGAACAACAACAAUACAAAGACGAGUUUAUACUGUGCCUUUUCCAAACUAUAUUUGGCACAUAGAUGGCAAUCACAAACUCAUUCGAUGGAAAUUAGUUGUACAUUGUGCAAUGGAUGGUUACAGUAAGAUGUUAACGUUUCUGCAGUGCUCAGCAACAAUCGAGCUGAAACUCAGUCAUCAGUGCACAUGGUCGGCCUUUUCACAUCCAAACUGAUCAUGGAGGGGAGAAUGUCAAGAUCUGUGAACACAUGA